AAAGUGCACAAACCCAUUCCAUUCUCCAAAAUCCAAAACCAAAAUAAUAAUAAUAAUAUAAUAAUCCCCAUAAAAGAGCGAAAAAGCGUCCGAAAAAUCAAUCAAUAGUUACUACAAAUAUGCAUGUUGCUGGUCACUUCCUAAAUACUAAUAAUUGCCACCACUUUUUCCUGGCAGUUUUCCGUUUUCCUUUCCUAAUAACAAAUUGAAAAAUAAGAAGAAGAUGGAACCAAACACGGUGUUAUCCGAAAGAAAGCUAGCAAACGCGGUAGGUGCAAAGUCAGCGCGCGCCUGCGACAACUGCAUAAAGAAGCGGGCCCGCUGGUACUGCGCGGCAGACGAUGCCUUCCUCUGCCAGCCCUGCGACCUCUCAGUCCACUCGGCCAACCCCUUAGCCCGCCGUCACGACCGAGUCCGACUCAACACCUCAUCAUCAGACGACUACCCCGCGUGGCACCGGGGCUUCACCCGCAAGGCCCGAACCCCCAGGCCCAACAAGAAAAACGUCACCGGCCCAAAGAGCCAAUCUGGGCCGGCCUCCAACCCCCAGGCCCACCACCUCGUGCCCGAGAUCUGCAGCGAAGACAACGACACGGAGGAGGAGCAGCUGCUGUACCGUGUGCCUGUAUUCGAUAACAAUUUUAAUAAUUACCAUUUUCUCCCGAGCGAGAUGGAUCUGGCGGAGUUUGCUGCUGACGUAGAGUGCUUGUUGGGAAACGGGCUCGAGCACGAGGCGUUGGACAUGAAAGGGCUCGGGAUUGGAGAUAUUCUCGACUGUGAUGACGUGGAGAGGGAGAAAGUCGUAAAAGUCGAGGACGACGAACAAAUUGGAGAUAUUGUUGGUAAUAAUAAUGAGGGGGAAUUUGUUGGUGUCGGGAAAGAGAAUUUCUUGUUUAAUUUCGAUUACGAUUUGCCGGUUUUGGGUGAGGAGGAGAAUAAUAAGGUGGAGGAGCAUAAAUUGCAAGGUUCUAAUGUUAAUGGUAAAUCUUGUGGUUCUAAGAAGAUAUUUUUGAGGUUGGAUUAUGAAGGAGUGAUUUCGGCUUGGGACGAUCAGAAGUCGCCGUGGACGACUGGUGAACGUCCCGAUUUGGAUUCAGCUGGAUGCUUGCCUGAUUGCUUGGGCACGUGCGGGACAAAUACAAUGCACGUGUAUGGAGAACAGAUGGGGAUGAUGAGCACGCAUGCAACAAUCAUGGCUGACGGAGGACGAGAGGCGAGAGUUUCGAGGUACAGAGAAAAACGGCGCACAAGAUUGUUUUCCAAGAAAAUAAGGUACGAAGUCCGGAAGCUGAAUGCCGAGAAAAGGCCGAGGAUGAAAGGGAGGUUCGUCAAGAGAGCCAGUUUUGUUGCGCCGCCUUUCACUUUGCACAAUAAUGAUUUAAUAAUUAGAUAGAAAGAGUACUCUUAGAAAUUAAUCAAUUGUGUAAGAUGUAACUGUCAACCAACCACCAGGGUUAACUACCUGCGUUAAACUGGCCUAUGUUGUCUGGAGUAGGGGAAGAUGAUUAAUUUUUGCCUUCUUCGAGGCGUAUUGAGUAAAAAAUUGCACGUAAUAAGUUAAAGAAGUGUGUACAGCGACAAUGCUAUGGUGCAGUUUUUGUAAUAUUGAUCUAAUAAUAUUCGGUAAUUAUUAACCUUUAGACCC